CGUCUACCCUCUAAAUACCUCCUAUAUGCAAAAAAUGAAAUUACGCAUCAUUGGACUGUGUACACGGUGUACUAUCAUUUUUGUUAUAAGUAUGCAUAAUAACUACCAUAUUCAGUAUCUAUUACUAUCCUAAUUAUUACGAAAACCUUGGAAGAAUACAGAGAAAAAAAAACCUUUUACUUGCACGAAAACUUUUAAUAAAAAUUGAAAAAUUAGCACGUAUACGAGUGAGACGCGUUUCAGUCUACACAGAGACCAUUAUCAAUCACGAAUGAAUGAGAGGUUACAUAUUACAUAACACGUAGAAGAUCUGUAAGAGAAAUGCGUCGUAAAAAUUGAGAAGAGGGGAGAUAAACUAAGUAUACAAACAUGAGUCAAAAAUUGCGUCUUAAAUUAUGAACCAGGUAGGGGUUAAUUUAAAAGAGGUAGAAGGGAAUCGAUAACACUGUUACGCGAAACAUCGUUGACCAUAUUGACCUGUGUGGAGUUUUCAUGACGUUUAAUUUCUAUUAGUUCUAGGGUAUUGAGUCGAUGACCUUUUUCAGCGAUGUGUAGAAUCGUUAUACCGGAGUCAGGUAACAAGUUGUGGCCAGAAUUUACUUAUAAGAUGAUCAGCAAAGUUACUUUUUCCCACAUGACCAUUUUUCCAUGCUGUUAUGUGCUCAUUGAGCCUUAUUUUGAAGCUUCUCCCAGUCUGGCCAAUAUAUAGGUAGCAGAGCAGUUGUUGCAUGAAAGUCUGUAAACACCACUCUUCUCCAUCUUGGGGAUUUUAUCCUUACAAGGGAACCCUCCGACAUGAUAAUCUCCGAUUUGAAUGAAACUUGGACUGGUGGAAAGAGGACCUCAAAAAACCCCCAUCCCCCAAUUUUCAGCUGCUGAAGUUGAUUUUUAGAUUUUUGACGAGCGUUUGAUGUUUUGUGUACACAGGUAAAGUGUUCUGUAAAUUAGAAAAAUGGCCGUUUCUCCCCACCGCAUGAACUUCAGCAGCUGAAAUUUUGGUCAAAGGGUCUAUGCUUGAUACCUAAUUCACUAAUACUACCGCCGGCCGGAUCUGGAAUUAUUAUCAGAAAUCGAAUUUUUUGCCCAAUUGCUGGUUUUUAAAUGCCAUUGAAAAAUUUGAAAAAUGAUCGAGUCAAUUAAGCUCUUCUAAUCAACUUCAAGGGCUCAAAUUUUGGUCAAACAGUCUCUGCCGAAUACCAAAUCGACUCAUGCCAUCAUUGGCCGGAUCCGGCCAUCCGUUCAGGAAACAAGAUUUUUUACUGUUUUUUCCCAUGUUAUGAAUGAAUUCAAAAAAUGGCCAUUUCUCUCCACCACAUGAACUUCAGCAGCUGAAAUUUUGGCCAAAGGGUCUCUGCUUGAUACCUAAUCGAUACGUACUACCGUCGGUCAAAUCUGGAAUUAUCAUCAGAAAUCGAAUUUUUUGACACAUAACAUGAGAAAAAGUAUAAAAAAUACACAAAACUUCACACGCUCGCCAAAAAUAGAAAAAUCAACUUCAGCAGCUGAAAAUUUAGGGAUGGGGGUUUUUUGAGGUCCUCUUUCCACCUGUCCAAGUUUCAUUCAAAUCGGAGAUUAUCAUGUGGGAGGGUUCCCUUGUUAGCAUUACAUAGUAACGACCCUAGGGAAUUUGUUGAUGUGUAGGAGAUUUGAGACUCAUUUAUAUCAUUACUUUCGCAGACCUGAACCAACUUUGAUGUCGAAUUUGCGUGGAAAUUAAAUUUCUUGAAUUUUUUCUUCCCCUUGGGUGCUGUGUUGAUUAAGGUAGUAUUGGUGGCGAGUAACUUUUUGAAUCGUAUGCGAUUUAGUAAUUUGAAAACUAGUUUUUUUGGGUACCUAGCCAUUACUAUUAGCGAUCUGAACGAUGGUGUUGAGUUCUUUUUUGUAGGCCUUGGAUAAGUCUCAAACAAAUCACAGCUCAUUCUUUUUGUCUUUAGAUUCAUUUUUUUAAACAUUGGAUGCCAUAAUCACUUCCCUUCCUUCUGUGGAAUAUACAUAGGUAAGGUAAGUAUGUACUUAGUUACCUACUCAAUUUAUGCAUAACUAGAUAGGUACCCAAAUUAUGUAAUUAUUGUGUUCAGUCGAUAUCAGUUAUCCACAAAUCAUGUAGGUAUUAUUCUCACGCAAAAUAGUUUUAUGACGCUAUUAUUAAUUUACAAAAAUUAAUCGUGGGUAAAAUAUGCAUUUUUUUGUAUAGGUACUUAAAAACAACGUAUAGGUAGGUACUUGAAAACAAUUUUUUUCUCACCAAAAUUGCCAAUUAUAUGGUUCAAUAGUCAAGUUAACUUAGGUGAUUUUCUGUAGGAGCUAUAAACAUAAUGAUGGGAGGAUGUUUUGCAUUCAAAGCAUUUUCCUCCUAUUGUAUCAGAGAUUAUUAUAUCUACUUACCUAUGGAUUUUUUGUGUGCACUUAGUUCCACGUAGUUAACAGUACAGUUCCUGCCGACACGAUUUUUGUGCCAUAAGUUAUAAGGUGUACUUAAAUGAUGAAUCUUCAAAUAGUUUUAGUUUACUUUCUUGUAGUUGAUUGGUGGUUUUGCGAAACGGCAUCACUUGAAAAUGGAACAAAAAACUCCACAAGUGAAAAGAGAUUGUUUUGUGGAAAUGAUAUUGGAAACGAAAGUUUUCAAACCAGUGAAUUUGAAUCAGCAUUACCUCGAAAAAAAUGGAUUUCAGAGUUGUUCUACGAGGCUCAAACGGCAUUUAGAUUGAAUCCUAAUGUGAAUGUCGAAUGCAAGAGAGAUUUCAAUUUCUUCAAGUUACACAUUCGUAAUCAGUCAACGUGGGCUGUCAAAAUGCUGGAAUCAUCAGAGUGGCCGUUAGUGGGUAUUCUCCAUGGUGUGGUCGAUCAUAUGGGAAAUUAUGACGAAUGUUUGUCUAUUUCAUCUUAUGGUAUUGAUGGACAGUACUGUUUGGUUGAAGCCAUGUAUAACUAUUCAGAUGCAUUACACAGUGAAGUCGUCGAGAUGCCUGAUGAGAAAAUUUCGUCAUGGGAAGUUGUAACCUUGUACGGAAAAAAUCCAAUCAGAAUAAACAGAAAAAAGUUAAGAUUCGCUGUCUGCAUACCAUCGUCUUGUACUCCAACUGACUUGAAGAUCUCUCUCGAUAACACAUUGCAUCCAAUAUUCAACGCUCACGAGCUCAAUAUAACAAUUAACGUGGAUCCUGUGCUUUGUAAAAUACGCGACAAACCUGCUCGCCCCUUGGGAUACUACAUCGUUCGGAAUUUGUUUGGGGCGAUUUUCUUCCUUGUAAUUUGCAGCACUUUGUAUGAUGUUGUAACUUUCACUGGAGUUGAAAUGAAAACAGAAGGCGGACCAAAAAAACAUUUAAUAAAAGACAUAUCUAAAUCUCUUUCCAUAAAAGAAAAUUUCAGAAAACUUACAAAACAUAAUUUUCCGUGUGAACAAACAGGAAUACAUUUUGUAAAAGUCUUGAGUAUGAUUCAGAUAAUUAUUGGCCAUCACAUAACAUUAGCGAUCUUUCCAUUUCCUUUAUCAGAUGCGUUUCUUGCAGAGCAACAAUUUAGCAAACUAACGCCACUAUUAUCUCGAUUAGAAAUCCUGAACGUAUUUUUCCUGAUAAGUGGGUUUUUAACUUUUCAUCUGGACUUUUCUCAGAUGUUGAAAGGAGGAAUAAUUUUUCUACUCACCAGAAUCUCAAACAGGUGGAUGAGAAUGAUUCCAACAUUUACUUUCAUAGUGUUAUAUGCGAUUUAUGUAUUUCCAUAUAUUGGAGAUGGUCCGCUAUGGAAUUACAGAACAAUGACCGAAGCUAACAAUUGCAAGGAAAGCUGGUUGCCUAUUGUAUUUCUCAUUAGUAAUUUCGUCAAUCCUGAAAAAUCAUGUCUUAUAUUUGGCUGGUACAUAACGGCAGACAUUCAACUAGCCAUAAUUGGAGGAAUUUUAUUAUACAUUUUUACGAAAAAUAGAAAAAAUGGUGUUUUUGCCAUGGUACUUACAUUUAUCACUGCCAUUACGAUGACAUUCUUCUUUACAUUCACGAAACAGUUACCAGGAAUAGUUCGAUUUUAUUUCGACAAGACGAAAGAUAUAUUGAAUGAUGAAGGCUUUUAUUACGUAUACAUGGCUACGAGUACAAGAUGUGGACCAUAUUUAUUAGGAUUUAUGACCGCUUAUCUACUUGAUAUACUUCGACAAAAAAAAAUCAAGUUUACACAUACACAAAUGUAUUUAUUUUCGUUCAUAUCCAUACUGUUUGGCGAAGCAGUUACAAUUUACGGAUCCUCGUUUUACAUGUUCAAUAAAAAAUAUAACGCGUUUGAAAAUGCUUUAUACAGUGCAUUAAGUCCUACGCUAUUGGUGUUGAAAUACGCGAUCAUUGGGCUUGUUUACUUCACAUCAGGAUUAGGAAUAUUUACCAAAUUGGUCGAAUGGAAAGUGUGGAUUCCAUUAGGACGUCUAUCAUAUUCGGUUUUUCUGAUCAACAUACCUGUUCUGCUGCACCAUGUUUCAUCUCAGAGACGACCAGUCUCACUUACAAAUACGUUGAAUGUAGUAUUUUGGAUUAUUGGUGAUCCAAUACUGAUCUAUUUUUUGGGAUUAAUUUUUCAUUUGUUCAUCGAAGCUCCAAUUUUAAAUUUGAACGCAGCCAUCAGAAGACGACUAUUGAAGUGUUUGCAUGACCAUAACUCGACAAGUCAAAACCUAGGCAACAAAUCUCAAUCGUCAAAAAACAAAGGCGAAUGAUCAAGGCAAAUAUGUACUGUUCGUGAGGAUUAUUUUUCCAAAAUGAAUAAAUAAGACUCCUUUGGAUAGGUGUUACGGGUGAUUGAAUGAAAUAAAACACACCUACCUACAUGUUUAUCAUUUUAUUUAUUAACCUAUUUAUUUGCUUGCCUAUUUAUUUUUACUUAAGUGUUCAUUUAUUUUCGGUGAAUCCAAGAUGACGCGAAUACUGUCUGAUGGAUUUUGUUUAUUUAUCUUAUUUAUUUAUAUAUAUUUUUUUUGUUAAUUACGUUACGUUCGUUUGAAUAAAGUUCGUAAUUCGAUUCGUAUGAUGCAUGUGUACGGGGUGUCCAGGGAGUGGUGGUACGAAUUCAGAUUUGGAGGUAACCGGAUACGAGUAGAAUAAAACGUAAGAUAAAACAAGUUGCCUGUGUUGAAAAUUGAAGGGGCAAACCACGUUUUCAAAAUCCUAGAGCCAAAAUCCAAUUUUGACCAUGGGAGUCGAUAGUACAUUGAAAAAUGAACAAAAUUUUCUAUUAUGACUUUUUGACCAACUUAAAAAUUAUUGAAGGGACGAAAAAUAAUUUUUAAAUCGCGAUGAAAAAAAUGAAUCCGAAAAUAAAUAUCAAGUAGGUAGGGCUACCUGCUACCUACUUCAAAAAAAACAAAAAAAAAUGUUAUGAGUUAUGAUCAAUUUUGUUUCUCACUCUAAAAUUUGAAAAAUUUUUGAAGCUCUACAAUAUUUUACUUUACUUUUUCCAUUAACGUGCCUUUACUACGACAAAAGCCAGAGGCACAGCAGGUAAAAAGGUUCAAAGUCCACUGGAUGAGUCAUAUCCUAAUCUGAAGUUUGUUCCACCACUCCCUGAGAAAACGCGAGUGUAGAUGUAGAAUAGGCAGAGAAAGAAGACUGGUUGGCUGGGACUAAUAAACAGUCUAUAGCUGGUACAAAUCGGCAUGGGUUUGAACCGGGCAUUUGUGGAUUAGAUAUCAUUUGUUAUACCUAUGUUCAGUUUUCUGUAGUUCAAAUUGAAAAUUUCAAAGUGAGUUAUUAAUUUUCUUUUUUCACAAACCGUUUCUAAAAAAAUUAGAUCAAUUUCCAUUAUCAAAAUUUCAUCUGACAUUUGAGAACUUGGAAAUUGCUGGCAGUAUUUUUGUAGGUGUAAAGUGCCAUUUUCUCGCAAUUUUUCGGUAUUAUUUUUUGAAAAAUUCUUUGUAAUUUUUGGCAAAUUGAGGGUAAUUUUUUGAUAAAUUACUGGAAAUUUUCGGUAAAUUACUCCACUUGUGAAUUUUGAAAAAUGAACAAAAUUACUCACCAGUUAGGUAUGUCUUUGAUCAACUUGAAAAUUGAACGGACUACAAAAGGAUUUUCAAUUUCAAAAAAAUCGCGAUGAAAAAAAUGAAUUCGGAAGUAAAUAGGUAUGUAUUAUUGAGUACCUACUUCAAAAAAAAAAAAAAAAAAAAAAAAAAAAAAAAAAAAUUGUAA